AUGCCUUGUUCAGCGACCUUCACCCCAUCUCGCAAGCAUAAAAGGGGAUUUCCAGACUGGGAGGACCUGACCUGUCCGACAUUAGAAAUUGGAAAGCGGCGCGCGGAAUCUCCUCCAUCAUCACAAACUGGUGAUACCAAAGGCACCACGAAAGCCACAAGCACCACAGCCUAUAGUCGGAACUUCCAGCAGAACCUUAUCGAUCAUGGAGUCUAUCCACCGGAAUAUAGGUAUCCGGACCGUCGCAAACCAUCAAAACCGAGUAAUUGGACGGAGAUCAACGAAACACUAGCACAACCAAGAGCUUCACUUUCGCCCUCAAAGUUUUCUGAAGAUCGCUUUGAAGACUUCCGAGAAGCAGACGCAUAUGCAUCUAAGGAGAAACCAGUUACAAAUUCGGUUGUACCCAUUCUUGAUGGCGAUGUUGGAGACCCUAAAUGUGUUGGAGGGGAUUACCUCUUUGGAAACCUUGCUCCUUUAACUGAUGGCACGCUGGCUCAGGCCAAACCAGAUCACUUCUACGGCGCGCGUCCUGAACAACUUGAUCGUCAAAUCCGCAACGAACUUAGUGACCAUAUCAUUCCAUCAACACAGGAUGACCUUCCAAUGGUACCAAACUUCUUUUUGGAAGCAAAAGGCCCCCCGAUGGAUCCUUGGCUGUGGCUACACGGCAGGCUUGUUAUGAUGGCGCACUAG